AAGGACAAAAGAGAGUGGCAGAUUUAGAUGGGGGCGGAGAGGACGAAGCUACAAGGUCACUCUCUCGGCGAUCGUCCUUCCCCCUUUUAUCAUCGAUCGGGAAAAGAGGAGCUCAUCUGUAAGAGGAAGGAGCAAUGGCGGCGGCUGCGGCGGAGGUGAGCAACAGGAGUGUGGCCCUGAAGCGGUACGUGACUGGGUUCCCCAGCGAGGACGACAUGGAGCUCGUCACGGCCGCCGUGACCCUCGCCGUGCCGCCCGGGUCGGCGGCGGUGCUGGUCAAGAACCUCUACCUCUCCUGCGACCCCUACAUGCGCCGCCGCAUGACCAAGCACCUGGUGCCCAGCUACAUCCCGGACUUCGUCCUUAGCGAGGCUAUACCUACUUUUGGCGUGAGCAAGGUGGUAGAAUCCGGGCACCCGGAUUUCAAGGCAGGCGAUCUCGUUUGGGGGAUGAUCAAAUGCGAAGAAUACACUUUGGUCACUAAACCGCAGUUAAUUUACAAGAUCAAUCAUCCUGAAUUUCCACUGUCGUACUACACGGGUGUUCUUGGCAUGCCUGGCAUUACUGCAUAUGCUGGAUUUUUCGACGUGUCAAAGCCUAAAAAAGGCGAGUAUGUAUUCGUCUCGGCAGCAUCAGGUGCUGUCGGUCAGCUUGUUGGGCAACUUGCAAAGAUCACAGGCUGCUAUGUGGUUGGCAGUGCAGGUUCUGACGAGAAGGUCAACCUUUUAAAAACCAAGUUCGGAUUUGACGAUGCCUUCAACUACAAAAAGGAACAGGACGUCAAUGCCACACUCAAGAGGUGCUUCCCGGAGGGCAUCGACAUCUACUUCGAGAACGUGGGCGGCGCAAUGCUGGACGCCGUGCUGCUCAACAUGCGGAUGCACGGCCGGGUCACCGUGUGCGGGCUGAUCUCGCAGUACAACCUGGAGCAGCACGAGGGUGUGCACAACCUCUUCUGCGUCCUCACCAAGCGCAUCCGCAUGGAGGGGUUCACCUCACGAGAGUACUUUGGCACUUACCAUAAGAUAGAGGAGGAGAUGGCGGGGUAUCUAAAGGAAGGGAAGAUCACCUGCGUGGAGGAUGUGGCCGAAGGGAUCGAGAAUGUGCCGAAGGCGCUCGUCGGGCUCUUCUAUGGGCGCAAUGUUGGUAAGCAGCUGGUGGCUGUCGCGCGGGAGUGACAUGCCACGGCAGGAUCAAGUGCCGAUAAAUGUUCAGGAAAUUGAAUUCGGAACGGUUACUAGUUUGGUUUGCGGAAACCAGAAUGCCUUGUGUCCAUGUUUAGUGGAAGUUGGAGAAAAUUCAAAGUUUAUGAAUUCAAGAUCACCCUAACCUCUGACAAGGUUCAUAAGAAACAAACAGUAACUUUAACCUCACACUAUCUGUUGUGCAGGUGUAAUGCAUAUUUUGUCCGUUGUAUUCCUAAUUAAA